CAGCCGCAUCUUCCCUCUGCUCCGGGAGCUGGGGCUUGGCCGCAUGUUUCCCCCUGAGCUGGGCGAGGUGGGGGGGCUCCGUGGGCCCCAGGCCAUGGAGUUCUGGAGCAGCCCCGCAGCCUACGACGAGGUGCACGGGAGCCCGGCUCUGGUCAGCCCCACGGAUCUGAUCGCUACCGAGCUGGAGGAAGUCCUCUGUUCCGAGCGGGUCGGCAGGGUCACAAAGACAUACCAUGAUCUUGAUGCGGUGACCAACCUGCUGGAGGAGAAGGAGCGGGACCUGGAGCUCGCGGCCCGGAUCGGGCAGUCCCUGCUGAAGCAGAACCGAAGCCUGACGGAGCGUAAUGAGCUCCUGGAGGAGCAGCUGGAGCUGGCCAAGGAGGAGAUCGCCCAGCUGCGGCACGAGGUUUCCAUGCGGGAUGAUCUGCUCCAUCUCUACACCAACACCGUGGAGGACAGCGAGCCGGCCACAGCCACUGCCACGCCGCUUCGGCGGAACGAGUCCUCGCUGUCCCUGCAGCAGCACGUGCAGUAUGACGCCCUGCAGCAGAAACUCAGGGGCCUGGAGGAGGAGAACCAGAAGCUGCGCUUGGAGGCCACCAGCAUCGCCACGGAAACCUGCCAGUACGAGGACCAGGAGCAGCAGCUGAUGCUGGACUGCGUGGAACAGUUCUCUGAAGCCAGCCGGCAGGUGGCCUCUCUCUCCGAGGAGCUGGCCCGCAAGACCGAGGACACGGCCCGGCAGCAGGAGGACAUCAGCCAGCUCCUGGCCCAGAUCGUGGACCUGCAGCAGAGGUGCCGCAUGCACGGCGCGGAGGUGGAGGAGCUGCAGCAGCAUCUGGCCGCGACAAAGGAGUCUCAGCAGAAGCUGCGCACUGAGCUGCAGGACCUGCAGGAGAAAUACGCCGAGUGCGAGGGCAUGCUGCACGAGGCCCAGGAGGAGAUCAAAACCCUGCGCACCCGGAACCUCCCCAACAGCAGCCUGAACCGCUACAGCCUGCUGCCCCUGGACUCGCUGGCCGCGGAGAUCAAAGGGAUCACGAGGAAAGGAGCCGACAGCUCGUCCUCCUCGGAGUACAAGAGCUACAAGCGGGUCUUCGAGACGGUGAAGGUCGUGAACCAGGCGGUUAAAGCCAAGUCGCGUGCAGAGUCUCCCCAAAACCUGCCCGGCUCCAAGCAGUCCUCGGCCCUCCCCUCGGCAGGGUGCAGCCGGGUCAGCACGCCCCGCACCAGCUAUUACGGAUCAGACAGCGCCAGCCUGGCACCGGAGAACCUGGAGAGCGCCCUGGCCGAGGAGAAGCUGCGGGGCACCCCGGGCACCCCAGGCAGGCACGACCUGGAGGCAGCGCUGCAGCGUCUGUCUGCCCGCCAGGAGAACCACGCCUCAGAGCGCUCCUUCUUCGAGACGGAGCGCGAGCAGAAGCUGAACCAACUGGCCAGGGACGUGGAGAGCUCCAGCGGCUUCCUCACGCCCAACGACAGCAUCCUGUCCACCGGCACCAACUACUCUGGCAGCUCGGAGCACACCGGAGGCUCCGGCUUCUCCCUCGGCUCCCUCUCCUACCUGCCGGACAAGCUGCAGAUAGUCAAGCCCCUGGAAGGCUCGGUGACUCUCCACCACUGGCAGCAGCUGGCGAAGCCCAACCUGGGCGGGAUCCUGGACCCCCGGCCCGGCGUGCUCACCAAAGACUUCCGGCAGCUGGACGUGGACCUGGAGGAGGUCUACAACCUGAACGACCUUGAGGAGGACGACGUGGACCUGAGCGCCUUCCCGGCACUCGCUGCCUCCACCCCGUCCAAAGCCAAGGGCUGCUCCAGUGCGUUCCACUCCUCCAUUAACAACCUCCCCCAGACUCCAUCUACAUUCACCAUCACCACCUGCCACAUCUUACACCCCAGCAAGGAGAUCACCACCGUGACGCCCAGUCUUUAUAAUACAGUCGUGCCCUCUUGUGGGCCCUUUGACAGGCUGAGUGCCGCCGGCCCCGUGCCCCAGGCGCUGGAGCCUGGCCCCAGGGCGCUGUCUGCACCUCUCGGACUCGUCACGCUGCUGCUGGAACACGGCAUCUCUGCCUCGGUGCGGGCUGGCAACGCUCUGGCUGCGCUACGGGUGCCGGAGCCCCCCUCCUGGCUCUCCCCCUUGAGGGAGCAGUGGGACAGCCUGGGGGGGCGGUCUCUGGGCAGCUCAGGCUUGGCUCAGCCCUUCCCGAGGGCCCACGGGCUGGAUGACGGCAGGGCCGCUGGGCCCAGCGGAGCCCAGAGCAAGAGCAACAUCUUCAGCUGGAACCUGGUGGAGAAGCUGAAGAGACUCAGGAUGGACAAAGUGGUGGCCAGAGGAGAGGCCGGCUUCCGGGGCCCAGGGGAGAGCAGACAGCCUGUCGGGCCGCCGGCCCCCACCACGCAGCCGUGAGCCUCCUCCCUGGGCUAUGACCCCCUGCAGAGCAACGUGGCUCCCUCCUGGGCCUCCCCAUCACCCCCUUUCCAGCCAGCCGGGAGCCGGCGAGGGGGGGUGAGAGCGGUGAUCCGUCCGCGUCUGGGCCGCUGGCGGGAGCUGGUCUCAGCGGCGGGGUCUGCUCUGUCAUAAUUUAUUUCCAGCCACGGUUAGUGGGUCCCCAGCGUGAGGGCGGGGGUGGGGUGACCGUUUUCUGAGUGGCCAUGAGAACAGGUGCAUCAGCUGCUGCAGUUUAAUGAGCACCUGGGAUCUCUGCCACUGAGCCGGGAGUAGGGGACGUGUCCCCAGGGGGGCUCAGGCGGCCCCAUGGCAAACCCCCCCCCCCUGGUGCAGCAGGUCUCCCGCAUGCCCCGUGACAAGGGGCUGAGGCCGGGCACACGGCUGAGCUGGAACUCGGCUUUGGGCUGUAACGUUGGCUCUGGUCUCUCCAGAGCAGGGGCUUGGAGAGCACUAGCAGGGCAGCCCUGCCUGCCAGGGGAGCACUGAGUGCAUGCUAGGGCCGGGGGGGGGCCUCUGUUCCCUGUCCUAUCCUGCCCUCAGCAGGACAGCAGCAUCUCAGCCUCUGCUGCUCCUGGGGGGCUGCAAGGGGCUGGGGGCGGGUCAGGAUCACGAAAUUAGGUCUGGAAGCUCUGGGGCCGAGGGGCAGUGGCUCUGGGGAGGGAAGUUUGCGCAGCCCCUGCUCCUAGGGGCUCUAGCCACCGCCCUGAGCCCUGAACUUGCCUUCCCCUAAAGCUGGUGGGCACAGAUUUUUUUGGGGGGCGGGGGUGGGAUCUGCCCUUGGAACCAUAGUCAGGGAAGCGGCUCAGGUCUGUGGUUUAUGUGAGGUGGUGCCGGUGGCUCCCCUCACUGCCUGAGCCCCCUCCCCACGCUCGCUCUUAGCUGAACACAGGGGUGGGGAAGGCCAGAUCCUGUGGCUGUCAAGGGGAGUGGGGGGCUUAGGACCUAGAUGAGGAACAGGCAGUGUUGUUCCAGCCGGGGAGGGGGCAGUGACUCUCUUAAGGACGUGCCAGGCUGUCCUCGUAACACCCUGAGGGCCGGGCCAGGCCCCACGAGGGGGGGAGGCAAUCUGCCCUCCUGGAGGGGCAGGGAGGGGUAAAUGCAGGAUGUCCUGGGCUGUCCUGUGGGCCCUGCUCUACUGUUAACGUUGGACAAUCGCAGAACUGCCCAGUCCAAACAAUUCUGGCCCGAGUCCCUGGCCCCGGGCUGUACUCGAAUUCCUGGGCAGGCAGGGCUGGGCUGUGCGAUUUCCAGUCACCCAGCAGGGCGCGGCCCUGGGCCAGCAGCCGGCCGGUCUUUUAAAAACACUGAGAUUUUUAAACAACUGCUUUGUCUUGAAUCAAUAAACUAAGCUACUGACAAGGCUCCGCCCCUUCCCAGCAGGGGGCGGGGCCUGCAUGCUGCUGGGGGCGUGGCUCAGGUCCCUGGGUCCGAGUAGCUGUUGCAUGCACAUCUGCUGCUCCCGAAGUCCCGCUGUUCUCGGUCGUCUCUGCACUAGCUGGUGUUACCCCCGCCCCCCAGCUGUGUCUUUCUGGUGAAAUAAACACGACGUAAUCAGAA